AUGAGGGAAGCGGACCGACAAUGGCUUGCAUAUGAGAAUGAUCGCUCGACAAGCUUCCGCCAAACAGUCGCCAAAUACCGUGAGAAAUAUGGAAGACACCCGCCUCCCGGUUUUAAGGAAUGGUACAUGUUCGCACGCAAAAACAAGGCGCACAACAUGGACGAUUUCCAGCAGAUUACAAGCGAUCUACGGCCUUUCUGGGCGCUACCUCCGGCGGAAAUUCGAAAGAUGGCGGCCGAGCUACAAUUCAGCGACGGAAUCGCGGGUUUACAGAUUCGCGAUAAGAAGGUCGUUGACUCCCCCGUCGAAGGGUGGAGGAUUGAAACGCUAAGGAAGUCGGUUAAGCGCAUUGUUCGGUAUCUUCCAGAUAUGGAUAUUGCGCUUAAUAUCAUGGAUCAGCCGCGAGUUAUGGUUCCAUUUGAGGAUACCCAAGAAUACCUCCGCGCCGAAGCCCGCACUAGAAGCUUACCUAGCGAUGCGCAGGAUAGAUUCACGCCGGAUAUGGACUAUCUUUAUAAGGAGAAUUCCACCAUCGAGGAACGCCCCGACCCAUCCUGGUUCUCGAUCGCUGGGAAGCUAUACAUGGACUUCGCUAAGGAGUCCUGUGACCCUGACUCUCCCGCUCGGAAUGACAAUCUCACUGUAGAGGAUGCUGAUAAGCUAUACAAAUCCCCCUCGGGUGGGUUUGUCACUAACUUUACUGCUUCCUCGGAUCUUUGCACUGUUGGUCCCGUUCUUGGGGAGAACCAUGGGUUUUUGUUCUCGGCAUCCAGCAAUCUCAUCACAAAAAAACUGAUCCCGGUCUUUAGUGAAUGCAAGGUUAGCGUGAACAAUGACAUCCUUUUUCCUGCAAAUAUGUAUUUCAUGGACGAUAAGCGGUACGUCUACAAUUCGCGACACGACUACGAGUGGAAAGACAAAUCCGACACUCUCAUCUGGCGCGGUGUCACAUCCGGGGGUGUUCAACUUGCAGAUAACUGGCAGCGCAUGCACCGUCAACGCUUUGUGCACAUUACCAACGAAACUGACAUGAGAUCUGAGACGGUCUCAAUCCUCUCCGAGACCAGCCCGGGGCAGUAUCAUACCUACCCCAAUUUCAACGCAAGCAAUUUUGCAAUGGACCACUUCGAUGUCGGAUUCACUGAAUCUUGGGGCUGCAUCCCGAACUGCUCCUUCUACGACGAUGUGUGGACCUACAAAAAGCCCAAGGACUUUAGCGAGCAAUUCAAGGCAAAAUAUCUCGUCGACAUUGAUGGUCAUAGUUUCUCCGGCCGCUGGCGCGCAUUCCAGCUCAGCAAGUCCCUGGGGAUUAAGGCAACUAUUUUCCGCGAAUGGCACGACUCCAGGCUCUUCCCCUGGCGUCAUUUCGUUCCCAUGGACAAUCGCUACGAUGACCUGUACGGGUUAAUGACCUACUUCCUCGGUCUGGGUCCACAAGCAUCCCCUGUGGAUGCGCCAAUUACUGAGCCGCAUAUCCAGGAGCAUGGCUUUGAGGCUGAGGUGAUCGCCUCUCAAAGUCGGGAAUGGGCGCAUCACGCGCUGCGCAACGAGGAUCUUGACAUCUAUCUCUAUCUUGUUUUACUCGAGUACGGACGCAUCAUUGAUGACAAUCGCGAUAGCAUUGGGUACAGUGGUGACGGAAGUGAGCUGGACCACUUUGACGAGCAAUAUCCUUUCUCUCCAGCGAUACGAGAUAUCGUCAACCCUCCCCCGACCACUGAUGAACAAUGA